GCCGUCGAGCAGGAAGGUUGGGGGUGUCAGCGCUCUGUGAAAACCUGAAAAAUUCCGAGUUUCUUUAAACUAGCACCUUAAUGAGAGUGAAAUACAAGUUCAUCUGUAUUGUUAAUCUCAGCGUAUUUCAUAUGAGCUAAUAAGGAGACGGUGUCGUGUGCCAAACUCUGAUCAAUUGGAGCAAGAUAAAAUGGAAGACAUUUCAGACCUGCAGAAGUCAGAGGGUCUAAAGAAGUAUCUGCUGAAGGAGGAAGGCCCUAAGAAGGACCUGCUGAAGGAGGAAGGCCCUAAGAAGGACCUGCCCACCCAGGAUCUGCAGGAGCAUCAUGUGACCUCCCGCAGAGGGUGGCAGUUGGCGCAGGGGGUCGACCUCCUGACGCGGUACCUCAGCACCUGCAUGAGCGACCCUUACGACCCCAUCACCAACCCCACGGGUAUGGUGAACAUAGGGACAGCAGUGAACUGCCUGAUGGGGGAGGAGCUGGAGCGUCGUCUCAACGCCCCCGACAUGUUCGUGUACAGGACAGAGAGCCACCAGCACUACUAUGACUUCACGGGCACCCCGCCCCUACGACGCGCCCUGAGCACCUUCCUCUCCAGGCACUUCGCCCGCGGCAGACCUGUGCCCCCUGAACAGCUGGUGGUGAUGACUGUAGAUGACAUGCAACCCCUACACCUGCUGCCGGGGGAGACCUUAGGCGGCCCCGACGACUUCAGGCUGACGCCGGCGCUGCUGGAGCGCCGGCUGCAGCAGCUGCGGGAUGAGGGGGCGAGGGUGGGGCUGGUGGUGCUGGUCAACCCCCACAACCCCCUGGGGGACGUGUACUCCCCCCACCUCGUCCUGAACCUGCUACGGGUGUGCGCCAGGCACGAAGUGCAUGUGAUCGUGGAUGAGGUGUACGCACUGUCGGUGCACGGAGGGGGAGCUGGGGGAGAGGAGACAGGAGGAGAGGGGGAGGGCUUCCGCAGCGUACUCAGCUACGACGACCUCCCUGACCCCAUGCGUACCCACUUCGUCUGGGGCAUGGCAAAGGACUUCGGGUUGGCUGGACUGCGCAUCGGCGUGAUCCACACCCGCGAUCCAGCGGUGCUGGCCGCUCUGAACGUCGCGGGGAUCUACCAGGCAGUGCCCAGCAUCGUCCAGGACACUGCGGCCACGCUACUUAGUGAUGAAGCUUGGUGCGACGGUUUCUUCCCAGCGUCGCGGGCGCGACUGCAGCAGCGCUACCGCGACGCCGUGUCGCUGCUGACGAAUGAAGGAGUCGCGGUGCGACCAGGGCAGGCCGGGUUCUUCCUCUGGGUCGACCUCAGACCCUACCUGCGGGACCAGACCCCAGCGGCAGAAAUGGAGCUGUUUGAACGCCUCAUCGCCGCGGGAGUGUAUGUGGUCCCUGGUGGUGAACUACGGUGCGCGGUACCGGGGUGGUACCGCAUCAUCUUCUCCGUCGACCUGGACCUCCUCACUGUCGGACUGAAGCGUCUCAUUGACGUCGUCAAGAGCAGGAUCUAGAAACGUCCUAUGGGUGUCAGACCUGUAGCUGUGUACACGUCCAUUACACACGUCCUAGUCGUCCAUUGUACAUGUCUAUUGUACACGUCCAUUACACACGUCCAAGUGGUCCAUGGCACAUGUCUAUUGUACACGUCCAUUACACACGUCCAAGUGGUCCAUGGCACAUGUCUAUUGUACACGUCCAUUAAACACGUCCAAGUCGUCCAUGGCACAUGUCUAUUGUACACGUCCAUUACACACGUCCUAGUCGUCCAAUGGCACAUGUCUAUUGUACACGUCCAUUACACACGUCCUAGUCGUCCAAUGGCACAUGUCUAUUGUACACGUCCAUUAAACACGUCCAAGUCGUCCAUGGCACAUGUCU